AUGCGACAAGGUCGUCUGUCAGAAUAUGAAGGCUUGAAUGAUCUUCGUGUCCCUGAGGAUCAGCCGCUUCUAGGGUUCCACUCGGAAAAUGGACUUCCCAUCCUAAUUUGCACUGCCUCGGUAUUGUUCAUUGCCAGUGCAGUUAACAGCCUAGUCACUCUCAAUAUCACACAAUUUUCAUCUGAAUUCGAUUUGGACCCCGGUGUUGAAAUAUGGCCAAUGUCAAUGUACUAUCUUGCUCAAGGCUGCACAUUCUUGCUGGCAGGAUCUUUAACAGAUCUCCUAGGCAGCAGGAGAGCAUUUUUAUCCGGAUGCUUUCUACAGACUGUUUGCCAUCUAGCUAGCGGCUUGGCUCGGACCGGCGCACAGCUUAUUGCUGUCAGAAUUGUGUCCGGGGUGGCUUACCCAAUUUGUUUCAUUUCGGCAAUGGGCAUUCAUAGCGAGAAUCUCCCCAUUGGCGAAUUACGCAAUUUGGCAUUUUCCUGUACGAGUGCAAGUCAAUAUAUUGGCUCUGGGGUGGGCAUCAUCCUGAGUGGAGUACUCUCGGAGACUACUGAUUGGCGAUGGGGCUUUCACUGCGCCGCAAUUUUGAGUCUACAAGGUUUGACUGUAUUUGGGUUCCUCCUCUCAAUUUGGACGAUUCCCCGACAUGCAGAUGAACCAAAAUAUAUCCCAUGGACAGAGUUGAUUAAAGAUAUCGAUUGGUCUGGGACUCUACUGGCUAGUUCAUUGAUGGCCCUCCUGGUCUCUGCCUUGGCUGUCAUCACAAACAAUGUGGGUAACAUUGGGAAAUCGUGUCUCUUCGUUCCUCUUGCUCUUGGUUGGAUCCUCCUUAUUGCUUUCCUGUUCUGGCAGGAUUGCUGGGAAAGAGACAGCAUGCAGCGCAUUCAGAAUUCUCUUUGGACAAAUCGCCAUUUCCUUUCCAUCGGUCUAGUUAUUUUCUUCGUCUAUGCGUCCUCUCACUCUACUUCGCAACUCAUGAUCUUCGUAUUCCAACGAGCACAGGGGCUUUCGGUUCUACAAUCAUCUUGGCAAUACUUGGCAACCCCAAUCGCCGGCGCGCUGAGCAGUCUUCUCACUGGACGUUUCUUAUCUCGCGUUGAAGCCACCCAGAUUCUCGUCGGUGCUAUAGUGCUCUCUAAUCUCUCUCCACUCAUGAUGGCUACCUUCAGCCCAGCUUGGCCUUACUGGAAAUGUGCAAUGCCCGCCGUUUUCUUAAAUUCGGUGGCGUCAAAUUCAGUUAUCCCAAUUGCCACAUUCAUAGUCGCCGGGUACUUUCCUUCAGAGACUCAGGGGUUUGCAAUGGGAGUGCUAUGCACUGUGGCAAUGAUUGGAGCCUCCGUGGGCAUGACACUGACAGCACUUAUUUCAAACGAUAUCAGUACGCAGCUACUUAAAACCCCCGAUCAGAGCACUUCUUUCCACGAAUCUCCAGAGACAUGGAUGGGCGGCUAUCGGGCUUCAUUCUGGUUCUUGUUCUCACUGAACUUGGCCGGCUUAGCCGUCACUUUUGGCUGCUUGCGAAAACUUGGAUACUUGGGUCGUAAAUUAGAUACCGGCUAUUAA